UACCCAACCACCUGAAAGACGGGUGUAUCGUGAAUUCCUAAUAGUAUAGAAGGUUUGAAUGGAUUUUAUGUAAAUAAUUUACAUUUUGAUCGAAUAAAAAAACAACGUAAACUAUAAUGAACACUUGUGGAAUAUUGUACGCUAAAAAUAGAUCUCCGAUAUCUCGUUGUUAAUAAAUUAUGUCCAUACCUUUAAAAUUAGGUUAUGUUUUGAUUAUUGUACUCUUAUUUGGAUCUCUAGCUGUAUUAUAUCAAUUUCAGCUUACAAAAUUACAAGAUAAAUUAGAACAGUUAGAAUCGAAUCAAAAUCGAAAUGAGGUUAUAUUACGUACCGAAAAAAAUAUUAUAGAAGAUAAAGAUUUGGUUAUUUUAUAUAAUCGCGUACCUAAGACCGGUUCUACAAGUUUCGUAGGUGUAGCUUACGAUUUGUGUAAAAAAAAUAAAUUUCAUGUUUUGCAUGUGAAUAUUAGUGCUAAUAGUCAUACCGUAACGUUAGAAAAUCAAAUCAAAUUUAUUCACAAUGUAACUAAUUGGAGGAGUAUAAAACCUGCAUUGUAUCAUGGACAUUUCGCAUUUUUUGAUUUUUCCAAAUUUGGUGCAUCUAAACCUUUAUUUAUAAAUCUAAUUCGUAAACCAUUAGAUAGGUUUAUUUCAUAUUAUUAUUUUGUAAGAUAUGGGGAUAAUUAUAGGCCAUAUUUAAUAAGGAAAAAACAUGGAAACACCAUGACUUUUGAGGAGUGUGUAAAUAAACAACUACCCGAAUGUGAUCCUAACAAUAUGUGGUUGCAAAUCCCGUUUUUUUGUGGACACGCCGCCAAUUGCUGGAAACCUGGGAACAAAUGGGCUUUGAAUGAGGCCAAAAAGAAUCUAAUCAACAAUUAUUUUCUAGUAGGACUAACGGAACAACUUAAAGAAUUCAUACAACUACUUGAAUUAUCUCUUCCGAGGUUUUUUAAGGGUGCUACUGACCAUUUCCAGCAUAGCAAUAGAUCUCAUUUGAGGCAAACUGUUCAAAAAGAUCUACCGUCGGAAGAAACUCUGGAAAAAAUCAAAACUAGCACCGUUUGGCAAAUGGAAAACGAAUUUUAUGAUUUCGCUCUAGACCAAUUCAAUUUUGUUAAAAAAUUUAUUAUGAAAAAUAAAGGGCAGGUUGUGAUGUACGAAAAAAUCAGACCCAAGGUGUAAAAUCUCAAAUUUAUGCCAAACAUUGUGUGAUCUACUCAUAUAUUUUAUAUACCUGUAAUAUAUGAACUUAUUUUUGAUUGCAAUUUCAUUUCAAAAUCAAAAUAAAAUGUCUUAAUACUAA